AAAGAAGGUAGGAAACUUUAGGAAGCGGUCGGUUCUUGACUGCUGGAAGCUCUCUGGGGAUCUCCGCAGCAACAGGAGCUUCAAUGCAAGGCAAAUUAUGAUACUCAAACCCACUAUAGGUCAACCUGUAAAGAUUAUUUACUGUGCAUGCUUAAUAAGCAACAGUUAAUGCUUAGUUGAGAUGAACAAGUGCAUCAUGUUUAACAUUCUUAAAUCUAGGAAUCAGAAGUGAGACCAGGUGACUUUGAGUAAAAGAACAAUUAAGGAAAGACACAAAAUUGUUUAUUAUUAUUUUCCCAAGUUUUAAGAUGAAAGAAGAUUCUAGCAGCAGUGUUAUUCCUCACCUGCUGCAGUGGCUGGCGCAGGCUCAGACCGCCUGUAUAAUUUGGGAUGUCUAAUUUGCUCUUUUAGGAUAUUUCAGAAGAGGAGUUCAGAGAGGAGAGCUGUUCUGCACUUUGCCACUAUGUAAUUUUAUCCAUGCCGCUGUCUCUCACUUCACACAGGGCUAAUACCUUUUGCCUCCCCUCUCCUUUGUAUCAAUUGGUCGAAGUUCAGCCUAUUGUCGCCACAAGCUUCUUUUAUAUCUGCGCUCAGUCUGAGGCGAGGCUCUCAGUCAGCUUCACAGGAGGGCUUUCCUGCAAGAGAGGCGAGGAGGAUCUCAAACCGGGGGCCGGCUGAGCCGUCAGAGCUGCCCGUGGGGCUUGGAUAUUGACUGGGGCUGGAGCUCUCCAGCUUUAGCUGCCCGACACUUUCAUGGGACCCGGAGGGCUGGCCGGGUAUAUUCCGAUUUUCUGCGACAAUUGUUCCCUGUUGACCAUGCCACAAUGCUGAUGAUUCCUCUGCUGGUGUUGGCGAGUCUGCUGGAUCCCGUUUGGCCACGGUCCCGUUGCUCGCCGAGCCAGACUUGUGAUCCCCGGCAGCGGAGAGACGCCGGGGGGCGCGGAGGAGUGUAUGAGCACCUCGGAGGAGCGCCGAGACGCAGAAAACUUUACUGCGCAACCAAAUAUCAUUUACAGAUCCAACCUAAUGGGAAAAUAGAGGGAUCACUGGAGGAAAACAACCCGUUCAGCAUCAUGGAAAUCACGGCAGUGGACGUGGGAGUCGUGGCCAUAAAAGGGCUUUUCUCAGGCAAAUACCUAGCCAUGAACGAAAAAGGAAGGUUGUAUGCUUCGGAUGUUUUCAACAAAGAGUGUGAAUUUGUGGAGCGUAUCCAUGAGUUGGGGUACAACACUUAUGCAUCACGACAACACUUCACAGAGCAGCCUCUACCACCAGGAGCAGGCAGCAGCAGCAGACGCCGGGCCACUGUCAAGAGGCAAUGGUAUAUUUCCAUCAAUGGCAAAGGGCGGCCGCGCCGAGGCUUUAAAACUCGGAGCACUGAUAAAGCCUCACUCUUCUUGCCUCGGGUGCUGGGCAACAAGGACCAUGAGAUGGUGAGGAAACUGAGGGACAUUCAAGGUGCACAGCACAUGCAUCAGCAUGGGCGUCAUGGUGAACGCCGGAGACGGCGGCAUCGUGGUAGAAAAGGUCGCGGUCGAAAGCCUGAUGACUCAGCAGACGUUUAGAGACUGGAUUUGAUCUCCCACUACAAUGACUCUUCUCUAUGGAUCCUUGAUCUUGGCACAUACUGCAGCUUGACUGCAAGGGAGGAUGUGGGAAUAUUGCUUGGAUCCUAAAUUCUGGAUCAAUGGGAGUUUUUGUUGGUGUACAGAGACAGAGGAAAAUUCAGUCCACUAAGGAAGUGGAAUUCAAGGGCCACCAAAUAGAUUUUGGUACUUACGCCAUUACAAAACCUGCCACUUUCUGGAGACUUUCAGUAAAAAAAACUCUACUGCUGUGUAAUCCUCUGCACUGCAAAAAGGGAACUAAAAGUAAGUAAAAUUUUCUUGAAAUAAGUGCAUUUGCCCAUGAUUUGAGCAGGUAAAUAAGAUGCCAAUGGAAUACGAAUUUUGGAAUGAAAAUAGGAACAACUCAUAUCCAUCAUCUUUUUUCAAGUGCAGUAUAUCUAAUUAUUUUUUAGGGGUACAAAUACUCAUUCUUUUGACAUAUAAUUUAA